UGUUAGAGCAAUUUUUAACUAAUUAAAUUUCAAAAUUACAAAUUCUAUUAUUUUGGUAUUUUUGUUUUUAAUUUUUGGAAAAUUUCCUUAUCAAAAUGAAAGCAACAGAAUUUGAUAUUAAAAAUGCCUAUUUACAUCAUCGUUUUCGGGUAAAAUGCGCUAAGGCGAUAAUCGAUCAUCAUCCUCCUCUCUUGCAUACGGGAAAUUUUAGUCGUUUCUCUAAAAUGAAAGAAGAUGUUUAUACAUUAUUGAAUCGUAACAAACAGAAUGCUCAACUGCUGAUUGCUUUGAAUAAAGUGGUUCGUACUAAAGGUGAAAUCGAUACAUUUCGCACAGCAGACAAUUCUUUUGAGGCUAACUAUUGCAAAUUGCCGCAGAAAUAUCGUCAACUACAGCAAUUGGAUUUGGAAAAUGUACGUAUAGGUAAGAAGAUCGCAUGCGCGAAACCCGAACUGGAUACCUGGUUAAAUGAUAAAUUCAAAAGGAAAGUUGUUAAACAAAAACCACCACCAUUUCAAUAUCCCUCGCUGGUAAUGAGUAAAUAUUCGAAUAUACAAAUUCCUCAAGAUCCAGUCAAAUUAGAAAAAUUUCUUAGACCUAAAAUUUGGUUUAAUCUAGAAGUGAAAGAUGUACGUCCCCUGGGCUGUAUUACAAUGGAACUUUAUACCGAGGCAGCACCUCAAGUGGUAAUGGAAUUUAUACGCCUUUUCCAUGCCAAACAAAAAGAACGUAUAAACUUUGUGCGUCUCUUUCCACGUCUCUGGCUUGAGGCUGAAAUACCCUUAGAUGAUAGAACUCUUAUCAAGAAGAAUAUUGAAUAUGAUAAACGUUCUGUGGAUCAUGGUCAAUAUGCUGGCGUAUUAUCGUUUAAUGUGAAAACAAUUAGAAAUUGUCCUAAACCUGUUUUAAAUUUUACUUUAAGUUUUAAACCAUUGAGGGUGUGUAAUGGUCAUCGUGUGGGUUUUGGUCGUGUCUGUAGUGGUUUUAAGGUAUUAAAUUGUAUUCAAGAUUUUGGCACUAAGAAUGGUAAACCGUCCAAGGAAAUUAUAGUGUCCAAUUGUGGUCUUUUUAUGUAAUCCUUAAAAUUUGAAUAAAGUUUUAAAAAAUCUA